GAUCAAAACGCUGACUAUAUAAAAGGCGGGAGCAGUUCGGCGUUGAUCCGUUUGGCUCGUCUAUCGCGGACCGUGCAGUUCCUUUACUUUCCAAUUCUCGAAAUAUUGCCUGAAGUAAUCUCUACACUCCAUUCAACUCAACAUGGAUAGUGACAAUGAUUUCACAUUUUGUAAGGUUGACUCACCUGUUGACCAAGGUGUUUUUGAGACGACGAAACUUGCAGCUGAUAUAGACAGUAUUAGCAUAAAAGGUGAAGUAUCAAGUGACAGUGCUAGUAAUCAGAAUGGCAGUUUUCUGUGGAAAGGCAAUUUGCCAAAUAAUACCAUAUCCAAAAAGCAGGACACAGUUGGUUCCUCGUCUUUUAAUGUUAUUGAUACCUCAUCUCCCAAACAGUCGAGUAAACCGUCAAAACAGCCAGUGACAGGAGACAGUGGGAAGUUGAAGAAGCCUGUGGCUCGUGCCAAGGUUCCUUUUGAGAAGGGUUAUAGCCAAAUGGACUGGCUUAGGCUCACUCAAACACAUCCUGAUCUUGCAGGUUUAAAGGGACAGUCGAAUAGAAGGCUGAUUUCUAUGAAUGAAGUCAAACAACACCGACAAGAAGGUUCAAUGUGGACCGUUCUAAAAGGCCGGGUAUACAAUUUAUCUCCAUACAUGAGAUUCCACCCUGGAGGUGUUGAUAUGUUGAUGAAGGCCGUCGGAAAAGACUGUACAGCUUUGUUCAAUAAAUACCAUGCUUGGGUAAAUGCUGAAUUCUUGCUGGAAAAGUGCCUUGUCGGUAUCUUGGACGACGGCGAAGGACAUCAACCUCCCAAUGACAAGGAGCACUAGCUCGUUAAUUGGUUCAGAAAUGCAGACGCCGAUUUUUUUGCUGAGAGGUUAUACCUACUCUAUACUUCAAACGAAUUUAUUGGCUGUUCUUAUAGUUAUGAAUGAGCCUAUUACAGAUUAUGUUGCACAUUAGAGUAUGAUUGUUUGCACAGCAAUAAGUUAUAAAUGCUCGAAUUUUACGUUCGGAUAGCCAGUGUAAGAUUUUUACUGAUUGUACAAUAU